UGUAUUCCCAAACUUGUUUCUCUCUGUCUGCCUCUCCCUUCCGUUUUUGUUUUUCCUCAGAAGAGAGGGGGAGAAGAAUUAAUAUAAAAAAAAAACAUAAAAAAUAUUUAUUUUGAUUCCUUUUUUGUUUGGGUUAUGAUAAAAUCUAGAGAUAAAACUAUAUAUAUGUUUACGAAAUUGUUGUGGAAAUUGUCAGACAAUGGGAGUUCAGGAAAAUGGGAACAACAUGAAGUACGAGAGAAUGGGAUCAGAUGCAGCAGAGGAUGAAAUUGUGCUGACAAAUAUUCUACGACACAAGAAGACGGCAGAAGAGGGUGUUAUUGUUAAUAAUAUCAAUAGUAAUACGAGGAAAUAUGUUUUUGCUUGUGCCAUUUUAGCCUCUCUCAAUUCUGUGCUCCUCGGCUACGAUGUGGGUGUUAUGAGUGGAGCAAUUAUAUUCAUUCAGGAGGAUUUGAAGAUAUCAGAGGUACAAGAAGAAGUUCUUGUGGGAAUUUUAAGCAUAGUUUCACUUUUGGGUAGUUUGGCUGGUGGGAGAACAUCAGAUGCCAUUGGUAGAAAAUGGACAAUAGCCCUUGCGGCCGUUGUCUUUCAAUCAGGUGCAGCUAUAAUGUCUCUGGCACCUUCUUUUCAAAUAUUGAUGAUAGGCAGACUCUUGGCUGGGAUUGGGAUAGGUUUUGGAGUCAUGAUUGCACCUGUGUACAUUGCCGAGAUAUCACCUUCCAUUACCAGAGGAUCUCUUACUUCCUUUCCUGAGAUCUUCGUGAAUCUAGGAAUUCUUCUUGGAUACAUCUCAAACUAUGCGUUUUCAGGGUUUCCAGUACAUGUAAACUGGAGGAUUAUGCUUGGUGUGGGAAUCCUUCCCUCAGUUUUUAUUGGGUUUGCCUUGUUCAUAAUUCCUGAAUCCCCAAGGUGGCUGGUAAUGCAAAACAGAGUCCAAGAAGCAAGAUCUGUGCUUUCAAAGACAUAUGACAGUGAAAGAGAAGUGGAAGACAGAUUAGCAGAAAUACAAGCAGCUGCCGGGAUUGCUAAUGCAGAGAAGUAUGAAGCGAAAGCAGUAUGGCAUGAGAUAUUAAAUCCUACUCCUGCAGUUAGGCGGAUGCUGAUCACAGGUUGUGGAAUUCAAUGCUUCCAACAGGUCACAGGUAUUGAUGCAACUGUUUAUUACAGUCCCACAAUUUUCAAAGAUGCUGGGAUAAAGGGAAAUACAGAACUGCUUGCUGCAACAGUUGCUGUUGGGUUCACCAAAACCAUGUUCAUCUUGAUUGCAAUAUUUCUUAUUGACAAAUUGGGUAGAAAGCCUUUGCUUUUUAUAAGCACGAUUGGGAUGACAUUCUGCUUAUUCUGUUUGAGCUUCACUUUAACUUUCCUCGGGGAUGGGCAGGGUGGGAUUGUAUUGGCAAUUUUAUUAGUUUGUGCAAACGUUGCUUUCUUCUCAGUGGGUAUGGGCCCGGUUUGUUGGGUCUUGUCAUCUGAAAUAUUCCCUCUAAGGCUUCGAGCUCAAGCAUCUGGUCUUGGAGCAGUGGCUAGCAGGGUCAGCAGCGGCCUUGUUUGUAUGUCCUUCCUCUCUGUGUCUCGUGCAAUCACAGUUGGAGGCACCUUCUUCGUCUUUUUCAUGGCUUCAGUUCUAUCUGUUGCUUUCGUCCACAAAUGUGUCCCAGAAACAAAAGGGAAAUCUCUGGAGCAAAUUGAAAUGCUCUUUCAGAACGAGGGAGAAUGGCGAAGAGGUGAGGUUGAAAUGAGAGAUGCUGAGCGUCUAGUGCAUAAACAAUGAGUUGGAGGCAAUUACCAGCAUGCUAAGCUACAAUCUUCCUGCAGCUUUGCUUGUAAAUUCAAAACUAGUUCAUGCAGAGGUACGCUGGUACUGCAGAGUUUACAUCACAAAAAGAACAAUUAUUUUAAAA